AAGGGCAGGCAUGCUCAUUCCCGGACUAGAGGAAGUCAGACCCUGCGUGCCUGGCCUGUGCCUCUCUGUCCCCUGCUCAGGGGAAGAGGGAAGCCAGGGGCCUGUUUGCCGUCCCAGCCUCUCAAUCCCACCCGGCAGAGGAAGCCAAGGUCGGGGCAACUGUGAUUGCUCCCCUGUCCUGGAGAGGAAGCUGACCAUCCGCUUGAUCUGAAGAUUUUCGGCUGAGGAAGAGCUAGGAAGCUCAAGCAUUAUUUUGUUUGGGUCCUGGAGCGGUGACUUGGAGAGUGUGCUGGCAGGGUCCAGGUCUUCCUCCAGGACAGGAUGGCCCAGGAUCUCAGUGAGAAGGAACUACUGAGGAUGGAGGUGGAGCAGCUGAAGAAGGAAGUGAUGAACCCUCGUGAUCUGAUUUCCAAGACUGGAAAGGAAAUCAAGGAUUAUGUGGAGGCCCAAGCAGGGACUGACCCUCUUCUCAAAGGCAUCCCAGAAGACAAGAAUCCCUUCAAGGAGAAGGGUGCCUGCGUGACAAGCUGAUGGCCCAGGGAGCCCCACCCUCUGUCUGUCCCUCCUCAUUCAGGUCCAUGUCCUGGGAAGCCGGGGAUAUCAGUGAAUGUUUAUCUCCUCUUAGACAUGAAAUAAGUAAAGAUGCUGA